AAAGUAACAUUAGAAUCCAGACCUUUAAGUCGCGAUUGUUAAGCUGUUGUCUUUAAACGCUUAUGAACGCUGUAUCUUGAUGCUCCUCAGUUUGUUUUGCUACGCCAGAUUUUGCCUUCAUAUUGCGCCUUCCUUUAAUUUGCUAUUGAGCAAAGUUAGCGUGCUAUUAGCAAGCAUUCCUGUCAAGUUCGCUGUUGCAUUGCUUUGCUACGCAUUUCUACAAACUUUCUGCGGACUUUAGUGCGGCGUAUUAGUUAGCGCAUAAAGAAUGUCAAGCAAUGCUAGUAAUGAAGAUAAACAAAAUAAAGGCACAUGUCGAGAUUAUGAGCGAGGAGUUUGUAACCGCGGCAAUAGGUGCAAGUUCUUCCAUCCUGAAGGAGUAUCACAGCCUGAUCAAAAACUUCCUAUUUGUAAAGAUUUUCAGAACAAAGGUUGUGAUAGAAUGAAGUGCAAAUUUUUACAUAUCACUCAAGAAGAAGAAGCUGAUUACAAUAACACUGGAAUUUUGCCUGCGCAUGGAGGUCGAUCUGAUAAAGUGCGAGCGUUAAUGGGGCCUUUGGGUGGUGUGGGUUUAGGAGGCAAUAAGUUUCAAGGUGGUAUGGUACCUGUUGGUGGCGACGUUUGUAAAGAUUUCCUAAACAAAAUAUGUCAAAGAGGUAACAGAUGUAGAUUCCGUCACAUUUCAGAAAGAGAAUAUCAACUUGAGCAGCAACUUGAGGCUGUUAGUUAUGGUUCUGCAAUGGGGGCCACAAUGUAUGGCAAAAGAAGACGUGAUGAUUUUAGUGACAUGGGUGUCAUGGGUGAUUCUAGACGAUUAAUUGAUGAAAAUGAACUUUUAAGAAGGAAAAUAACCGAUUUGCAAAGACAAGUAGUUGAUUUACGACAAAUGAAUGAUACUUUGUACGAUCAAAAUACACGAUAUCGAAAUCAGUUACGUGGUAUCACAACCACACAGCCAACAUCAGAUCCAUAUUUAAAUAAAGCUUAUUCUGCAUCUUCCAUGUCAGUUGCUACUGCUUCCUAUGAUGGUUAUACCAAGUUUUAGCUGUUUUGUGUGUUAAAAAGAUAUUUUGUUAAAGUUUUUUAUGAUAUCAAAGAUUUCAGUAACAAUCUUGUUAUUAUCAUAAUGAUUUUUCGCUAUUAUCUCAACUUGUACUUAUAUAAGCUGUUUGACUAUGGCACUAAAAGUGAAAUUUGAUUUUAAAAAGUCUCAUUUUACUGAUUUCAUAAUUGUUUUUGCAAGUUCAGACUGAUAUAAACUUUUUUCUAUUGAUUUAUAUUUAAUAUAAUUACUUUAUCUUGUCGUAUUA